CUUGCUCUUCAGAGACACUCAAAUCAACUACGCCGGAAGCUCGCUGGACCGACCUGCCUAUCGAACCUUAGAGGCUCGCUGUGAAAACACACGCUCUGAUCGAGCCUUGAUCUUGUACAGCCGUUUAUAAAAGCAAACACCCUCUCCCCCAAAUACAGCCCAGCUGUGGAUUUGCCCCCAAACGCGAGCAACCCGAACCCAAACUGCGCUGUGUACGACAAACUCUCGCUUCAGCUUCGACUCCUACUUCCCUCUAGUCUUGCAGCGCAAGAGGUUACGCUCUGCGCCAUCUUUCUCUCCUUUUCAAUCUUUGAAACCUCCGACAGGUCACGCCAAAGUCGCACGAACCAGGUCAACAUUUACCCCUCGGUGCCUAAUGUCGCUGAAUGAUACAUCGAUCUUCCCACACAUUUAGGUCAACUAUUCUCUUCUACGCACAAUAGCACCUGGCGCCAAGACAGACGCCAGUGCUAUCCCAGAUCGACACCGCCAUCAUGGCUUCCUCAAACGUUCAGGAGCGCCAGCAGCUCCUGAACUGGUACGCUAACCUGCGACCUGACACGCUCGACAUUGUUGGAGAGUUUGCCGGACGUGAGCUUUUCGUUGUUCACGGAGAGUCUCUCAUCAGGCACUGCUUGACAGAUUCCAAAGUCGACUACAACAAUGGAUUCCAGCUACUCCAUGCCAUCUUCGCUGUGGAGCAAUUCCUCAGCAACCUCGCCAAGCGUGGUUGCAAUUUCGACAUUCUCUUUUUCAGCGAGUACAACCAUCUCUGCGUCCCCGAUGGUUGCUCUCCGGCGAACGCCUGGAAAUAUCAGCUUACUCGAAGCAUCCUCAUUCGCCACCUGGCGAGGUCUGUACCAGAGGCAUCGGAUAGCGUCCGGCCUUCGGUUCUAGAAUUUGAGGAUUUCGAAGACAGCGACUUCCUCGAAUACAUGCGCAGCCGCGCCAUUCACUUUGCGCUGUGCCAUGACGGCGAGGAUGCUUCGGAAGAGAAUGCCUCCCUUCUGCGGCAUUUCAUUCACGAGUUCAUCUCGCGCAACAAGAACGUUGCCGUGAUGAACGCCGUAGAGUGGAAGAGCUCAAAGAUAUUCGCCCCUCUCAUCAGUGGCACCGAGGGUGGUAUGAAAGACUUUGAGUACGACCCGGACGUACCCGAUUUGUUCCAAAUUUCAGAGGCCGGCCAGGUGUCCUUUGACAACCUAGAGGAAGAGUUCGACUCUUCGCCUCUGGAGGAGGCUACCUCAUCACUCCGUGCUAGUGUCUCCGUUGCCAUUUGCCAGGCGAUUCGAGAGUCGACCGAGGACGAGGACCAAGCCGAAGUGGACGAACGCAUCAGGGCCCUCCUGCUUCACACAGCUAUGUUGGAGACAAGCAGCCUACAAGACCGCCUCUGUCCCGAGCCCAAGACACCUGCUACCGCUCAGGAGAAGGAGGAUAGAGGCUUUCUGAGAGAAUUUGGCGAGGCUGCACACUUGAUGAUCGAAGAAGAGCACGACCUGAUCCCGGAAGCAGACGAUGACGAUGAAGAUCUGGAGUGGGACAUGUUCGACUUGAUCGACGGUCGCAUCUUCUAUGACUUUGUUCAGCGCCUCCGCAAGUCUGAGUCCUUUCCUCCCAAGGUCGUUGAGCUAGGUAUGGUUUUGAUUAAGGCUGCUUUGGGGGACAAAGCAGGUGCUGCUCCUGCUACAUCUGAGUCUCUGGACCUCUCAACCCUUCAGAUCGAUGCGCCAGUUGCAACUGCAUUCAGCAACCCUGUCUUCGACCCUUUUCUCAAAGGUAUCAGCCUUGAAGCGGCGCCCGAGCAACGUGACGACACCGCAAAGGUCGUUUUCGAAGAUCUUGCUUCUUGGCACAACUCUAAGCGCAUCCCUGUAGUGGUGAAGAGGGAGCCUGCCAAGGUUGACCCCAAGGCGAUGAGGCGAAACCAGAGAAUGGAGCGUGACAUGGUGGCGUAUUCAGCAAGUUUGACGAACUCACGCGGCAAGCUCAUCGAUCCGGAGACCAUCGUGGCAAAUCCCAAAAAGGCCACGCCUGCGGGCAAGCAGGAGAAGCCCAAGGCCAACGGUACCCAGAAUGGCCCCAAGGGUGGCGGCAAGAAAGGUGGCAAGAAGGGCGGUCCUCCUCAGAAAGGUGGUAGGGCUGCGGCACUUGCUGCUGUCCAAGACGUCCAGAAGCGAAAGGCCGAGGCGAGGAAAACUACUGUCGUUCAUCAUUGGUCCGAGAUGUGCGCAGAGUUUGAGAACGACCCGGAUCUCAUCAGCCGAUACCUCAAGGCGGACAAGUUCGCAUACGACAAGUCAUCCAAGGAUGAUGCAGCUGCUCUUGGCUCCGAAAUCGAGCUCUACAUGUGCCACAUUCUGGGCAAGAUCUGGCGCGACAUCCGUGUACGCAUAAGCGAUGGGCCAAAGGGCUUCUACUUGAUGGCCAUGAUCUUCAACUGGCUGCAGCAAUGCACCAAACGUCCUUCGACACCGGCCGUCAACGCCAACAUCACCAAGCUCAUCGACGUCACCGGCAUGCCCCAGCUGCCAUUGAACAUGGGUUCCCAGCCGCAGGACCUCUCCUUCAAAUUCGACUUCAAGGCUUUCAAGCCCGUCAAGGAAAUCGUCAAGGACUACCAAGAUCUUCAGCUGGAGUUUGGCGGACCUUACAUGGACCGUCGCUUCUACCCUCAGCCUGACGAUCGUGUGCGCUUCGAUCCCGAUGCCUGGCAACGCGAGGUUCUGGAUUCCAUUGAUGCCAAGCGCUCCCUCCUUGUUAUCGCGCCCACAUCUGCCGGUAAAACUUUCAUAUCUUUCUACGCUAUGAAGCAGGUUCUCGAGGAAAGUGACGAUGGUGUCAUCGUCUACGUCGCGCCCACCAAAGCCCUGGUCAACCAGAUCGCCGCUGAGAUCAAUGCACAAUUCUCCAAGAAGUACGACGCAAAGGGCGCCAAAUCUGUAUGGGCCAUCUACACCAAGGAUGCCCGCGUCCACAACCCGACUGGAUGUCAAAUUCUCGUAACGGUUCCGGAAAUUCUUCAAAUCAUGCUACUGAACCCUAACAACGCUAUUGGCACCAAUCCAUGGUCGAAGAGAGUCAAGCGUAUCAUUUUCGAUGAAGUCCACAGUAUCGGACAGGCUGAGGACGGUGUGAUCUGGGAGCAGCUUCUUCUCCAGGCCCCUUGCCCCAUCAUCGCCUUGUCUGCUACCGUGGGCAACCCCGAGGAGUUCAAGGACUGGCUCGCACUAUCCCAGUCGAAGAAGGGAUACAAGAUGGACUUGGUCGUUCACAAGGUCCGAUACUCCGAGUUGCGAAAGUUCAUUUACGAGCCUUCAAACGAUGAAGUCGACUUCAAGGGACUCAAGAAGUCCCAGAGAUUGCCUGUUCCGGGUCUCGAUGAGGGCAAUACCAAGUCUGAGGAUCUGCGCUUUUUGCACCCUCUUGUUGCUAUGAACGACCGCAAUCGUGGCGCUUUGGGCGACAUGAGCUUUGAGUCUCGCGAUUGCUUCACGCUCUACAACCAAUUGAAGGAACUCCUGCCUUCCAAAACACUCAAAGCAUUGGGCAUCAAGAGCCCCAAGGAGACCUUCCCCGACGUCAUUGCGAAGUCGGAUGUGAUCAAGUGGGAAGACCAGCUGAAGGCAGCACUUCGCAAGGGCAUGGAAGAGGGCGUCCUCGACUUCGAAAAAUUGCGGAGCAAGUUUGACACUGGCAACCCAGAUAGCCGGAAGAUCACCUCCCACAUCGACAGUCUCUUCUCCCUGGCCUACGAUCUGCACCAGCAGAACGCUUUGCCCGCACUGGCCUUCAACUACGACCGUGGCACUUGUGAGAGAGCUGGUGAGCAGGUCCUCAAGGAGUUGCUAGCCAAGGAGAAUGCCUACAAGGAGACGAGCAGUGAGUGGAAGAGCACCAUGAGGAAAUACGAGGAAUGGGUCAAGAACAAGGAAAGGUCGACCAAGGACCCUGCUAAGGGCAAGGAUGAAGUCCCCUCAAAGCGCGUCAAGGGAGAAGACGGUGAUGCCAACCGCAUGGAUAAGCUUGCGAUCAUCAAGAACGAGGCCAACGCCGAGGUCAGCAAGUGGGAGAGCUUUGACCCCAACGCGCCCCUGGAGCAGUACAGCUUCGCAGAUCACUCAAGGUUGCAGCGCUCUGAGUUUGAUGAGAUGCUCCGGAAGCUGGAGUGGGAAAAGCUGAGUCCCUGGUUGACCGACGCCCUGCACCGCGGUAUUGGUAUCCAUCACGAUGGUCUCAACAGGAGAUACCGUCAAACUGUCGAAAUUCUGUUCCGCAAGGGCUUCCUGCGUUUGGCUGUCGCCACAGGCACCCUCGCCCUCGGUAUCAACAUGCCCUGUAAGACCGUCAUCUUCACAGGUGACUCGACCGCCCUCACUGCGCAAAACUACCGCCAAGCUUCCGGUCGUGCUGGUCGUCGUGGCUUCGACCUGUUGGGUAACGUCGUCUUCAACGGCAUUCCCAGGGAACGCGUGUACGAAAUCAUGUCUUCUCGCUUGCCUGAUCUCAAGGGCCAGUUGCCAGUCACGACUUCUUUGAUCCUGCGUCUCUGCACGCUGCUCGACGGAACUAAGAACUCUGAGUAUGCUGUGGAUGCCGUCAAGUCGCUGCUAUCCCAGACCCAUCUCUAUCUCGGCGGUCCCGAGGCCGAGGAGUCUCUGAAGCACCACCUGCGCUUCUCCAUCGAGUACCUCCGUAGACAGAAGCUGCUGUCCGAGACUGGCGCACCUCUCAACUUUGCCAACAUGAUUGGCCACCUGCACUUCACCGAGCACGCUGCGUUCGCUUUCCACGCACUGCUCAAGGGUGGAUACUUCCAUCGUCUGUGCGCCGACAUUGACAAGAACCCGGACAAGGUGAUGCUCGAGAUGAUGUUGGUUCUCAGCCACGUGUUCAACCGCCUUCAAGUCAGGAAGACAGAGGACUUUUCUGCCGCUCACGGCAAGUCGUCGUCCCUCAUCUUCCUCCCUCGUCUGCCCGAGCAGGCGGAGAAGCUGCUCAUGGACCACAAUGCGGACACACUCGCCACCUACAAAGACUACGUCCGAUCCUACAUCAGUCACCAGCUACAAGACAAGCCUGAUCGUGUUCUCCCCUUCACCAAGACGGCGGUUGGUGAGGAGAAAUCCUCGGUCGGCAACGUCUUUGGCGGCGCGAAGCCCUCGAUCAGAUCUCCAUUCAUCGCCCUUUCGGGUCACGACGAUGGGAUCGAUUCCAUCCCCGAGCUCUGUGCUACGGCCCGUGGUGAUGUCUUCCUCGAGAAGUCUGUCAUUCCAUAUCUGCCCAUUUGGCCGCACGACACCCCUCUCAAGCUGAACGCCUAUUUGUACGACUUCUUCAAGCAUGGCAGCAUGGAGCUCCUGAUCGAGGAGAACCACAUCAAGCGAAGUGAAGUGUGGUACCACCUCAAGGACUUCACAUUUACUCUGGCUGCCAUCAUCAAGAGCUUGGAGGGCAUCAUUCGCGGCGAGGACACGGGCGAAGACAUGAUCGAUCUCCAACAGGUGGGAGAGAACAUUGACGAGACGAAGCAGCUGCAGAUGGAGGACGACCGGGAGAAGAGCCAGAAGAACGCCCAGGUGAAGAAGGUCAAGGCCAAGCUCCAGGACGACUGGGACGAUGAUCUGGAGGAGGAGGACGACAACACGGACGCGGCUACGGAUGCCACUGGCCUCGACGCGGAGCGCAAGAACCAGGAUCGCCCAGCCUGGCAGCAGGAGGGCGGCGGUCUGCUCAAGGUCCUGCAGGCGUUCGGCAAGCUGAGGGAGGAGUUUGAUACCAAGUUCAAGAAGACCUGGGCCUAAUCCACAAAAGCGUCUCCUUUUUGUUGUUUUGUAUUUCUGUUGUUUUGGUUUCUGGCAUAGGGCAUUGCGGUAUUAGACCGGCGAGAUAUGUUGACGUAGAGACUAUAGAGAAAUGCAAUGCAUUGGACUAU